ACCAUCAGACCCCGCCCACACGCCUUAAGUCCCGCCCACGCCCCUCAGACCCCUCCCGUGCUCCUGCGGCUCUCGGCCACGCCCCGUCACCCCACCCACACCGCUCAGGCCCCGCCCCCGCCUUAAAGCCCACCCGCAGCCGGCGCGCUGCCGGAGGUGACGUUACGGGUCCGGUGCGGGGCGGAGCCGGCCGGGGACGCGGAGCUGCGGGAGCGGGCUGCGCAGAACACCAAAUUGGGAGGAACAGCAAAGAGAAUAAGGGACAAAAACCGAUGGACCAUUACAUCUUCCGAAAUGAGCCUUUUCACACUUUCCUACUGGAAAAUAACAUGUCCUGAAGAGAGAAGAAUUCAGUGCUGGACUGUGCUAAACACUACCCAUGGUGCAGCUUCCGAGGACAGCUUGAUUUCUGUGACCUGAAGAGGAGGCACAUGUGCAGUGAGCCAAGAGGACAUGGGCUUCCAGUGCAUCUGGAACAAUGAUCAGGAGGGAUGGAAAAGAGGUGAUCAAAGACUCAGAGCAAGUUUCAUAUGGAGAGUGAGAAGGUCAAGUGAGAAUUGUGAGACUUGAGAAAAAAUGUUGGAGUGAAGGAUGGGACAAUUUUUAAAAUCACAGCUGGAAUUAACGAGGUACUGGGCCCACGUGUCACAUGUGAGUUGUGUCCUACAAAUGCUCUGAGCACCCCCUCGGGCCGUCUCCUUGAUGCACACUCACGGCAUCAUGGCCAGCACUCAGGAGCGCCUGAGCCUGUCUUCCUCUCCCAACUCCAUCGGCAAAGCGUUCUGUGAGGACAAAGACUUGGGGAGGUUCCCCGACGAGCACCCCGCUGCCGGGAGCCAGCCGUCCCCUGAGCUGCUGGAGGACGUGCGGGAGCGGGGCUCGCUGCCGGCCGAGCUGCUGGAGGGCGUGAGCAGCCCGGGCACGGCGGCCGUGCUGACCAGCAUCAGCGAGGACGCCCGCGACCACUUCGAGAACAGCGUGCUGCAGCUGCGGGAGCAGGACGAGCCCGAGCCGGGGCUCCCGCAGGGCACCCGCAGCCCCGGGGACGGCGACACCAACGGUGCCGCCGACGAUGUGAAGGUCCAGUUCAACCGGACGGGCAGCGGCAGCGGCGGCUUCCUCGAGGGGCUCUUCGGGUGCCUGCGGCCCGUGUGGAACAUCAUAGGCAAGGCCUACUCCACGGACUACAAACUGCAGCAGCAAGACACGUGGGAGGUGCCGUUCGAGGAGAUCUCGGAGCUGCAGUGGCUGGGCAGCGGCGCGCAGGGCGCUGUCUUCCUGGGGAAGUUCCGGGCGGAGGAGGUGGCCAUCAAGAAAGUGAGGGAUCAGAACGAGACGGACAUCAAGCACCUGCGGAAGCUCAAGCAUCCCAACAUUAUCGCCUUCAAGGGAGUUUGCACCCAGGCCCCGUGCUACUGCAUCAUCAUGGAAUACUGUGCCCACGGGCAGCUCUACGAGGUCCUGCGGGCCGGCAGGAAGGUCACCCCACGGCUGCUGGUGGACUGGUCCACGGGGAUUGCCAGUGGCAUGAACUACCUGCACCUCCACAAAAUCAUCCAUCGAGACCUCAAGUCACCAAAUGUUUUGGUUACACACACAGAUGCAGUAAAGAUUUCAGAUUUUGGUACAUCUAAAGAGCUCAGCGAUAAAAGUACCAAAAUGUCCUUUGCGGGGACAGUGGCGUGGAUGGCCCCGGAGGUGAUACGGAACGAGCCCGUCUCCGAGAAGGUGGACAUCUGGUCAUUUGGGGUGGUUUUGUGGGAGCUGCUCACGGGAGAGAUUCCCUACAAGGAUGUGGACUCUUCGGCCAUCAUUUGGGGAGUGGGCAGUAACAGCCUCCACCUUCCCGUCCCUUCCACCUGCCCAGAUGGCUUCAAAAUCCUCAUGAAGCAAACCUGGCAGAGCAAGCCCCGGAACCGUCCGUCCUUCCGGCAGACACUGAUGCACCUGGACAUCGCCUCUGCUGAUGUGCUGGCUACUCCUCAGGAAACCUACUUCAAAUCCCAGGCUGAAUGGAGAGAAGAAGUGAAGAAACAUUUUGAGAAAAUUAAAAGUGAAGGAACUUGUAUCCACCGGCUGGAUGAAGAAUUGAUUCGCCGUCGGAGAGAAGAGCUGAGACAUGCAUUGGAUAUCCGUGAGCACUACGAGAGGAAGCUGGAGCGAGCCAAUAACCUGUACAUGGAGCUCAGUGCUAUCAUGCUGCAGCUGGAGGUGCGGGAGAAGGAGCUCAUCAAGAGGGAACAAGCAGUGGAAAAGAAAUACCCUGGGACUUACAAACGCCACCCAGUCAGACCAAUCAUCCACCCCAACACAGUGGAGAAAUUGAUGAAGAGGAAAGGUGUCUCCCAUAAACCAGGCAGCCAGACCAAACGGCCAGAUCUACUGAAGUCAGAGGGCAUACCCAGCACAGAAGCAGCAUCCAAUGGCUCCCCAGUCUCAGGAAGUCCCAAGAUGUCAACCCUGAGUGGCAAAAGCCGGUACCGCAGCAAGCCCCGGCACCGCCGGGGGAACAGCAAGGGCAGCUACAAUGAAUUUGCAGGGAUCUUGAAAAACCAGCCAGCGCAAGAUGAUGGCCCCCAGCCUGGCCCUCCCCACGCCCCCGGAGCGCCGCAGCAGCCCGGCCACAGUCCCCACGGGCAGCACUCGCGGCUGCACGCCCACGGGCAGGACAUCGCCACCUGCGCCAACAACCUGCGGUACUUCGGCCCCGCGGCCGCGCUGCGCAGCCCCCUCAGCAACCACGCCCAGCGCCGCGUGUCCGGCUCCAGCCCCGACCUCAUCUCCACCGCCAUGGAGGCCGACUGCCGCCGCGGCCUGGACACCAAGGACAGCACGGCCCAGCGCUGGGAGUGCUGCCAGGCGGAUCCCUACGACCCCUGCCUGCAGUGCAGGGAUGAGGACAGUGGCCAGGCACAGAUGGCGUCCGUGGAACCAGGGGGGAGCCGCCCCCAGUCCCCCGCAUCCGCGUCCCUCUACGAGAGCGCGCAGUUCAUGGAGAAGCUGGAGGAGCAGGGCACGGCGGUGUCCGCCCUGGGCACUCCCCAGCACUUGGCUUCCUCAGGGCUGCCCUGCAAAGCAAGAUCCCUCCAAAAGAGCGGGGAUGAGUCAUCAGAAGAGGAAGAGGGCGAAGUUGACAGUGAAGUGGAGUUUCCUCGUAGACAAAGACCCCACCGCUGCAUCAGUAGCUGCCAGUCCUACUCGACCUUCAGCUCUGAGAACUUCUCUGUGUCGGAUGGAGAGGAGGGGAACACAAGCGACCACUCGAACAGCCCGGAUGAGCUGGCCACCAAGCUGGAGGAUGAGCUGGUUGAGAAGCUGGAGGACAUGUUGUCCCAGACUCCAGAGAUCCCCAUUGAAAUCUCCACGCAGUCGGAUGGGCUUUCGGACAAAGAGUGUGCUGUGCGGAGGGUCAAGACUCAGAUGUCUCUGGGCAAACUUUGUGCAGAUGAACACAGCUGUGAGAACCCACCACAGUUUGGAGAAUCAGACUGUGACUCUUCUGAAGGGGAGUGUUCUGAUGCCACAGUCAGGACCAAUAAGCCCUGCAGCUCUGCUACUUGGAAGAGAAGAUGCUUCUCCUUCCCACCCCAGGAGUGAUUUGCAAUAACCCGAAUCUCUGGAAAACGUCCAAAUGAAAUUAAUUCUCUUUGAGCAUUUCAAUCAAGAAUGGCAGGGAUGUAUUUUAUUGAAUAAUCUAGUUACUGUAACAUGGAUAUUUAUUUUUUUGACAUUUUAACACUUUUUACUGUAAAGAGUGGAUUGUAUUUAUAGACACACAGACUUGUUGCAAAAAAAAAGUUCAGAAAGCAAGCACACUAUGGAGAAACAUCCUGGGAGUCCUGCCUGGACAGCUUUGUGUACAGACGUGGGGGAUUCUCUUGCUGCUUGCACAGGGGACCAGGCCUCAUGGCCCUGAAGAUUGGAGAACAGAUCAAGAAAACUAAACCACUCAGUCUUAUCAAAUGAGGAAAAGCAGAAAAAGACCUGACUGUAGGGUCACCUGUGAACAAAGUGUUUUCAGUAUAACCAGCUGGGUCAUUUUUAAUCAGAAGGUGGACAUGUUCCUGGAGAAAACUGGUAUAGAGGUGCUAACAACCCGGGUCUUCUGAGUCGAUACAUCCCCAGGAAUGUAAUGAUGGGUUUUAUUUUAAGGAUUUUUAGUUUCUUUUUUUAAUCAGCAUUUUGUUGUGAGAUCCUGCAAAUGUAUUCUAACCUCGUCCUCUCGAGAAUUGGUAUCAGAGCACUUCUUACCACCGUCCUUGCUUCACUCUGGGAGUGUCAACCUCCAGCUGAGCAGGAAAACCUCUCUCAGAUGCAGUGUGCCAUUUCCCAGUUUACUUCCUCCUCUUACCUCCUGUCUGUUUCAGUCAGUCAAAGAAAUCAAUCAACUC